UACAUGUGUGUGUAUAUGUAUGCAUAUAUAUGUACAUGUAUGUAUAUGUUAUUGUUUGCUUUUGUAAAAAUAUUGUGAAUAUGAAGGUUAAUAAAGAAAUAUUUUUAAAAAACUAAAAAAAAACAUUAGUCUCUAUCAAUCUCGAUAUCAACACCAUUCUCUUUUGAUGUCGAUAUUAACAUCAGUGUCUAUCAAAGUCGAUAUCAACAUUAGUCUCUAUCAAUGUCGAUAUUAACAUUAGUGUCUAUCAAAGUCAAUGUCAACAUUAGUCUCUAUCAAAUCGGUCGAUAUAUUUUCAGUAUCAUCGAUUUCAACAGAUGUAUUGUCUUGGACAUGCGUUAUAAUUUUGAUCAAAAAUAUACCCCCGCAUUGAAACGAAAAUUGAAACACUUUAUGAGUACGGUUCUCUCUCUGGAAAAUCUUGUUUGAAACGUUCGUGACGCUUCAAGCAUAGGAAGCACUUGAAUGUACAUGUAUCUAGUGUCCACCAACACAGGUCACCAGACCGACCAGAACAUAUAUUUAUCCAGGUCACAAGUCCGUGAUGGUACACAGGACACUAGACUGACUUUAUAUUCUUUAUAUUCAGGUUCACAUUUACCUAUGACGGUGUAAAGAAACAAACAUCAGUAUAUCUCAUUGGGUACAUUCACGAUAGUUCUCGUAAUCAGGUUUUUUUUUUUAUACUUUCUACGUUAUGCACCAAAUAAAUACCACUUCUCUUUCGUAUGUAUAUUACCUUUACUUUUAAAAAAAAUGCAUUAUUUUUCUAGACCGCUUUUUAAAUUGCAGACAAUAGUUUUAUCUGAAAUGAUUCGAAACGGACAAGGUGUUGAAUUUAAACAAAGUUUCUCAAAUGGAACGUUCGCGCGGUUAAAAGAUAGAAAAUCCCAUCUCCUCAUUAGCUUUUUCCGCUCAAGAUGAACAUAAAAUCAUCAAAGUGCUACAAAUUUUUGUCUCGGAAUGGCCUUAUUGUCAGUGUGUUGGUUGGUGUGGCGGUGGGAUUUGCCUUAGGGUUUGGACUGAGAGGAGUGGGACCUUCAGAUGAUGCUAUCACUUGGAUAGGUCUCCCUGGGGAAAUAUACAUGCGACUGCUGAAAAUGUUACUGCUUCCUUUAGUUGUGGCCACGAUCAUAACAGGAACCGCGUCCAUGGAUCCAAAAUCCAACGGCAGGAUCAGCGCCGUGAGCUUCUGCUACAUCCUGGUUUCUGUGGCGAUAGGAGCGAUCAUUGCCAUUAUCCUGUUCUUCGUCUUUCAACCAGGCAAGGGUGUAGAGAUAGCUGCCGCCGAUUACAGCAACUCUGUACAACGUAACAUCAGAACCAGCGAUAUGUUUGCCGAUAUGAUCCGGAAUUUUUUCCCAGAAAACAUUGUCACUGUCUGUUUCCAAAAGUCUCAAACAAAAUACAGCGCGUCAACUCGAGUGGUGUUGGUAAAUGGAACCAAUAGCUCCAUCACGGAUGAACAUAAGUUUGUCUCAUCCACAAGUAGUCUCAACAUACUAGGCCUGAUUGUUGCGUGUUUGUUCUUUGGUAUUACGGCCAGCAACCUCGGGGAGAGGGCGGAACUUUUCAUCAAGUUUUUUGAAGUCAUCUCUAUUAUGGUGAUGUACAUCAUGAAUUGGGUCAUCUGGUUGACCCCAAUCGGAGUUGCAAGUCUGAUUGCUACAGGGAUAUUGAAGGCGUCUGACAUAGAAACAGUCUUCAGUAGUCUGGGAAUAUUCGUCCUGGCUCAUUCCCUCGGAAUCGUUUUUCAUCAGUUGGUCCUCAUCCCGGUCACCUAUUUCAUCACAACCAGGAAAAACCCACUGACUUUCAUGGGGUUCUGUCUCCGCCCGUGUUUAUCAGUGUUUGGUCCCCCAAGCACAGCUGUGGGUAUACCAGACAUGCUUAAAACCCUUGGAGAAAAUCUCCAUGUUGAUAGCAGAGUAUCCAACUUCUUCGUUCCUGUGGCGGCGUCACUUGCUCGCUGUGGCAGUUGUAUAUUCAUUUGUCUAUCGUCUUUGUUCUUGACUCAGUUGGAAGGAAUGUCAAUUGAUGCGUCCAAAGUGGUGAUCAUCGGUCUGUUGUCAACAGCGGGUGCCUUGGCGGUUCCACCCGUUCCUAGUGCCAGUAUUGUAUCCAUCCUGGUAGUCCUCACCUCGGUGGACAUUGAAGUCAGCAAUGUUGGUCUUCUCAUAGCCCUCGAGUGGUACAACGAUCGAAUCCGUACAACUAGUAACGCAACUACAAUCAUUCUAGGCGCAUUGAUCGUUGAGAAACUUUGCAGGUCGAGUCUUCAAGUAGCAGAGGAUCAAAUUCCAAAGGAAAAGCCGAUAUACGAAUCAGAAGUACGCGUGCUAGUUGAAAGUGAAAAAUGAUUCCACAGAACUUCGAAGAUUUUUAAGAACGCUGGCAUGAAAGAUACAUAUUAAUAUUGUAUAUUGUGACGUCAUCUUUCGUACCUCUACUCCGUAUUUAUAAUCAUGAUAACUUAACAUUAGAAUAUAGAUAGCUAGUAGAACUACAACGUUCUUAACAUUUCUUCAAUCACAAAUUGUAUCUGGCCUCCUACGAUAUUUUUCUACCUACGACGGAUGACAUAGGAUUUUGAAAAGCAUGAGUAAAGCAGGGAUCUGUGGUAUCAGCGUUUAUGUCCUUUGAUAUUGACUUGACUCGUCCGUUUAUAAAAUAGAGAAGAUUGUUGAUACUGUGUUUACUGUAGAAAAAUACGCGGCCGUCAGACGAUGGUGCGCAAUGCAAUUUUGGACUUGAGAGAUUCCAUCACAUAAUCGUGUCGGAUCCAUGCGAAUUUUGCAGUUGCGGUACUUGGCCCUUACUGUUCUAGACGCGUCUGCAGACUUGAUUAGAGUAAGAAAAUAUUUAUUCGAUACAUCGGGGCACAUCAAAUGGCCAUAAUGCAUCCAACAGCUGUUGAAGAACACAAAGGCGCCAACAUGAUAAAUUCAGCGUCCUUGCAGGCGCCGCAAGAUUUUCCCAAUUUUCCAUCAAAUCUGGCCUCGAUGGGACUCGUUAUCAAUAUAUCAGCAGACAUGUAGCUGCACCAUUAUGAGGUGGUGUACAGUAUACAUUGUCAUAGAAAUCAGAAUUUAACUACAAUGUAUCAUAAUAUGUGGACAUGUAAUUACAAGUAUUUACAUUAAAAUAUCUUCAUUCUAA